AACACAUAGUUCUAGUUCUAGACAUGACAGAAGGAUUGCUCUCUGGCUCCUGACUCCUGACUCCUGAAGAAGAGGAAUCUGAAAGUUAAGGUUUUGCCGACCCACCAUUCCCAGCUGACCUGAGCUCACUAAUUCAGCUGACUUGCCUUCUCUGCGAUUAAGAUUUGGUGGUUCUCUUGUGAUUUUUCUUCCACAGUUGAAGCAGUUUGUCACUUUUAUUGAGAUUCAGUUUAAGAUCUAUUAGACGGGCGAUCGAGUAAAGUUUUAGGAACAUAUAUUAGGUGAGAAUCCUUCUCUGGAUUGGUCCAACAUUUCAUUUCUUUAUAUGAAAACAUCUCAGCAACACCGAGGUAUAGCGUUGUAUCACCAGCCUGUGCAGCAGAUUGAUCGCUGUGGUUUCCAAAUUUUGGAAAACAGCAUGUAUCCGGAUACUGGUAGCCAAGGAAACAAUCUUUCCUUUCAAACCGACAAGGAUGACAAGGAGCAGUUCUUUACCCUGGAAUCAUCUCCAUCCACUGACUUUCUACCCUGCGAUUCCCCAUCUGCUAUUAGUGGCUUGUCUAACAGGAGUCCAUUUUCACCGCAAGGUUCUCACUCGUGCUUUUCUGAUCAGCACCAUUCCUCUGGCAACAAUUAUGGAUCACCAAUAAGUGGGUGCUCCAUAAUUGUGGAUGAUGACUUCAAGUACAAGCUCAGGGAAAUGGAAGUUUCAUUGCUAGGACCUGAUUCGGAUAUUGUUGACAGCCACUUUUGUUCUCACAGGAGUGGUAUGGCAAGGUGGAGCCAGAGUCAAAUAGCCGAAACGAUACCUAAGUUAAACCUAAAAGAUGUUCUCAUUGACUGUGCACGUGCGAUAUCCGAAAACGAAUUAGACAAUGCAAUAUGCUUGAUGGAAGUUUUGGGGCAAAUGGUGUCAGUCUCUGGGGAGCCAAUGCAAAGACUGGGGGCUUACAUGUUGGAAGGUCUCAGAGCAAGGUUGGAAAGAUCAGGGAGUUCGAUCUACAAAACCCUAAAAUGUGAAGUUCCAACGAGCUCGCAACUUAUGUCAUACAUGUCUGUCCUCUAUAAGAUCUGCCCAUAUUGGAGGUUUGCUUACAUGUCUGCAAACGUUGUCAUUCGGGAAGCGUUGGAGAAUGAGCCAAGAAUCCACAUAAUUGAUUUUCAGAUUGCACAGGGCAGCCAGUGGAUUCCCCUCAUCCAAGAUCUAGCUCGUCAGCCUGGUGGCCCACCACGUAUCCGAAUCACAGGCGUUGAUGAUACCCAAUCAGAGCAUGCUCGUGGUGGGGGACUUCAUAUCGUGGGUAAUAGGCUUUCAGAGCUUGCUGCAUCAUGCAACGUGCCAUUUGAGUUUAAUGCUGCCGCCAUGUGUGGUUCUGAGGUUGAACUUCAUAAUCUCAGGAUUCUACCUGGUGAAGCCAUAGCCGUUAAUUUUCCAUACGUGUUGCACCACAUGCCAGAUGAGAGUGUGAGCACUGAAAAUCACAGAGAUCGUUUGUUAAGGCUGGUUAAGAGUUUAUCGCCCAAAGUUAUGACACUUGUGGAACAAGAAUCCAACACCAACACUUCCCCAUUCUUCUCAAGGUUUGUUGAAAUGGUAGAUUAUUAUACAGCAAUGUUUGAAUCAAUUGACGUAGCUUGCCCAAGAGAUGACAAACAGCGGAUCAGCGCAGAGAUGCACUGUGUGGCUAGAGACAUCGUGAACAUGGUUGCUUGUGAAGGAGCCGAGAGGGUGGAACGCCAUGAACCUUUCGGGAAGUGGAGGUCAAGGCUAACGAUGGAUGGAUUUACUCCAUACCCGCUGAGUCCUAAAGUGACGGAGGCUAUCAGGGUUCUGUUGAAGGAAUAUCACGGGAAUUUUAGAGUUCAAGAGGCAAAUGGGGCUCUCUACCUUAGUUGGAUGCAAAGAGCUAUGGCAACGUCUUCUGCAUGGAGGUGAACCAGAGGGUGACUGCAAAACCUGUUAAAUUUCUAAUUUCGUGUUGUUUUAUGACGCUUAGAGCAUGAAAGACUGAUUGUGUAAAUUUUGGUAGGAAGAGUUCCUAGUUGUAGUCCCAAACCUGAAUCUCGAAAUUCGGUGAUGUAAAAAUGUCGGCCUUGCAAAGAAAGAGAAUAGCUCUCACUUUUACUGCAGUUUUACCCUUUUUGUCUUCGGCUUUUCACCAAACAAAAACUACCUUUA